GAACUGCCUUCUAGCUCGAUCUUGCGAAUACUAACCCUAACCCUUUACACCCAAUCACCCAUGGAUGAUCUUCAGGCAACCUACAAAGAAGACCAAGAAGAAGACAACUCAUACAACACCAAUACAAAUGGCAACACCAGCGACGUUAAUCCAGGAAUGGCGGAUCCAAAACCAGAAAUCGUCACCGCCACCACCACUACCACUAUCACUACCACCGCCGACGAAGCCCUAACCGUCCCCACCACCACCACUAUUACCACCACUUCCACGACCUCCGCAACCCCCGAUACUGAUUCCGGCACCAAAGAUGACCCGAUUCCCUCGGAAGAACUCUCAGACCUUGAACCCACCCCUAAAGACUCGCCUAAUUUCACGAAAAUUAUGUCGUCCGAAGACGAAGUAGAAGACAAUGAAGAGCGUCCGGCGAAGAAGCAUAAGAGCAUCUCGUUACUAGCACCGCAACUCGAAGAAGAAUUAUCUCAAGAAGUUGCGGCAGCAACACCGGUGACGCCGAUGCCCCCACCUACCGAAAAGCCUAGCGGUAAAAAGUCAACUAACAGCAAUAAGAAGAAAAAGAGCAAGGGCAACAAUGUGUGGACAAAGCCAUCGUCUCGAAAGGGGAAAAAGAGAACCAAGAGUACCACCAGCACCACUGCUCAAACAGAGGACUCUGUUUUGAUUACUCCAAUUCAUCGGUAUCCUGACAAGAACGACGAUACUGCAGAUAUGAAAAUUUGUCUUUCGAAGGUUUACAAGGCGGAGAAAGUAGAAUUGAGUGAAGAUAGGUUGAGUGCAGGUAGUUGUAAAGGGUAUAGAAUGGUGAGGGCUACUAGAGGGGUUAUGGAGGGAGCUUGGUAUUUUGAAAUUAAGGUGGUGAGCUUAGGGGAAACAGGGCAUACGAGACUCGGGUGGUCUACUGAAAAGGGGGACUUGCAGGCGCCUGUUGGCUAUGAUGGGAACAGUUAUGGAUACAGGGAUAUUGAUGGGAGCAAGGUACAUAAAGCUUUAAGGGAGAAAUAUGGGGAUGAAGGAUAUGUUGAAGGUGAUGUAAUUGGGUUCUAUAUCAACCUGCCUGAUGGGAAUUUGUAUGCGCCAAAGCCACCACAAUUGGUUUUGUACAAGGGACAAAGAUAUGCAUAUGCUACAGAUGCAAAAGAAGACCCUCCUAAAGUUGUUCCAGGAAGUGAAAUAUGUUUUUUCAGAAAUGGAAUUUGUCAAGGGUCUGCUUUCAAGGAUCUUCAUGGUGGGCGUUACUUUCCUGCUGCGUCAAUGUAUACUCUUCCUCAUCAGAGUAAUUGCAUUGUCAAGUUCAACUUUGGUCCUGACUUUGAAGCCUUUCCUGAAGACUUUGGUGGACGUCCUGUCCCGAAACCAAUGUUUGAAGUUCCGUAUCAUGGCUUUGAUGGCAGAGUUCAAAAUGGCAAUCCUUUGGUUCCCACUAGAAUGUGCCCCAUGCUGAAAGUGGUAAAAGAGAAUGACGAUUGACAUCGCUGAAGCGGAUGGCAUAUAAGUUGAUAGUUGGGCAGAUUUUUCAGGUUGGUUAUUUUUAAUCAAUGAAACAUAAAUUCUGUAAAAAAGGUAGACAGCCUUGUAUCCUUCAUCAUCCUCUUGGUGAGAAGACUUUGAAGGGGAUGAGUGCAGCUGUCUCUGUGUUAUAUGUAGAUUAUCUGUUGUAUGAUCGAGUAAAAUGUUAGCUGCUGAAGAUUUAAAAAAACUAAUGGUAGCUCUGUACCAGUUAUGGUUCACAAGUCAAUAGAUGGUCUAAGUAACUAGACACGUGGACUUACACUUGUUAUUC